AGAAGGGGGUGGUGGGAACCCGGUACGAAGGGCACCAAGAGGCCGCAGCCCGGGCAGCUCCUUCCUCUGUCAGUCGGCCCCUCUCCUGUCCUUCAUCUGUCAGUCGGCCCCUCUCUUGUCCUUCAUCUGUCAGUCGGCCCCUCUCCUUGUCCUUCAUCUCAGUCGGCCCCUCUCCUUGUCCAUCUGUCAGUCGGCCCCUCUCCGUGUCCAUCAUGUCAGUCGGCCCCUCUCCUUGUCCAUCAUGUCAGUCGGCCCCUCUCCUUGUCCAUCAUGUCAGUCGGCCCCUCUCCUUGUCCAUCAUGUCAGUCGGCCCCUCUCCUUGUCCAUCAUGUCAGUCGGCCCCUCUCCUUGUCCAUCAUGUCAGUCGGCCCCUCUCCUUGUCCAUCAUGUCAGUCGGCCCCUCUCCUUGUCCAUCAUGUCAGUCGGCCCCUCUCCGUGUCCAUCAUGUCAGUCGGCCCCUCUCCUUGUCCAUCAUGUCGGUCGGCCCCUCUCCUUGUCCAUCGGUCAGUCGGCCCCUCUCCUGUCCUUCCUCUGUCAGUCGGCCCCUCUCCUUGUCCAUCAUGUCAGUUGGCCCCUCUCCAUGUCCAUCUGUCAGUCGGCCCCUCUCCGUGUCCAUCAUGUCAGUCGGCCCCUCUCCUUGUCCUUCAUCUGUCAGUCGGCCCCUCUCUUGUCCUUCAUCUGUCAGUCGGCCCCUCUCUUGUCCUUCAUCUGUCAGUCGGCCCCUCUCUUGUCCUUCAUCUGUCAGUCGGCCCCUCUCUUGUCCUUCAUCUGUCAGUCGGCCCCUCUCUUGUCCUUCAUCUGUCAGUCGGCCCCUCUCUUGUCCUUCAUCUGUCAGUCGGCCCCUCUCUUGUCCUUCAUCUGUCAGUCGGCCCCUCUCUUGUCCUUCAUCUGUCAGUCGGCCCCUCUCUUGUCCUUCAUCUGUCAGUCGGCCCCUCUCUUGUCCUUCAUCUGUCAGUCGGCCCCUCUCUUGUCCUUCAUCUGUCAGUCGGCCCCUCUCUUGUCCUUCAUCUGUCAGUCGGCCCCUCUCUUGUCCUUCAUCUGUCAGUCGGCCCCUCUCCUGGCCUUCCUCUGUCAGUCGGCCCCUCUCCGUGUCCAUCUGUCAGUCGGCCCCUCUCCUUGUCUGUCCAUCUUCCUGUCAGUCAGUAGGUCCCUGUCACCCUGGGGCCUCCCUGGAUACACUGGCACCCAGAGCAGGGGCGCCAUCUUGGAGAUGCUCUCCUAGCCUACAUACCUCCCAGAUGCCUCGCUGCUCUCACCCCUCUCGACAGCAGAGGCCCUGCCCUAGCUACCCCCUUCC